AUGGCUAUCACCCCUGAAAACACCUCUGAAGCAAGCACUGGUAAUGAAACCCAUAGGAUAGUCGACCAGACCAGUCCUUAUUUUCUCCAUGCAUCAGACUCACCUGGUAUGACCCUUGUUUUGACUCCCUUUGAUGGAUCUGGAUAUGGUGCAUGGAGGAGAUCUGCGCUCAUUGCACUGUCAUCCAAGAACAAACUCAGCUAUAUUGAAGCUUCUUCUGUCACACCUAGUUCUCAAUCUGCUGAAUACAAGAUGUGGAGUAGGUGCAAUGACAUGGUAACUUCCUGGCUGCUCAACUCUCUCUCAAAAGAGAUAGCAGGAAAUUUAGUUCAGGGGUCACUGGAUAUUGCUGCAUACUAUACCAAAAUGAAAAAGAUCUGGGACGAUCUUGACACUUUAUACACAAAGGUGACAUGCUCUUAUGCUUGUGACUGUGGAGGAAAGGAUAAAAUGAACAAGUCCCUGCAGGAUGAGAGGUUGGUACAGUUUCUUAUGGGUUUGAAUGAGGUGUAUGCACCAGGUAGGAGCAAUAUUCUGAUGAUGUCACCUCUCUCUAGUGUGAAUCUUGCUUACUCACUUUUAAUGCAAGAUGAGAAGCAAAGCGAGAGUUACAUGAAUACCAAUUUUCCUGGGGGUUCUAGUUCUUUUCUUGCUACUCAACACUACCCUGUGGGACAAAGGUCAUCUUCUGCUGAUUCUAAGGGUAAGAAAAUGGAGCUUGUGUGCUCAAAUUGUAAGAAACUGGGGCACACUGUUGACAAAUGCUUCAGGAUCAUUGGGUUUCCAGCUAACUUUAAGUUUACUAAGAACAAAUCACAAUCUGUGAGGAGCAAUGCAGCAACAUCAAGUGCAACAACUAAAAACAGGGCAUUCACUCAAGACCAAAAAAUGCAAAUGAUGCAGAUGUUUCAGAGUAUGCAGGGUAUGACUCAAGAAGUCACACCAUCAGAUACACAUGCAAAUGUUGUGCAUUGUGCUAGUAACAUUUUCAAUAAUCCUCUAUCUUAUUUCUCUUUUAUCAAUUCUAGUUCUUGGAUCAUUGAUUCAGAGGCUUCUGAACACAUGUCCUUUCACCCUAGAUUUUUCACUACUUUAUCUCCCUUACUCUCACGUGUGUUUAUCAACUUACCAAAUUCUUUUAGGGUAAAAGUUACUCAUGCAAGGACUGUCACGCUUUUUCCAGACUUAAUUAUAAAAAAUGUUCUUCUAGUCCCAUCUUUCAGAAUUAAUCUCAUCUCUGUGCAGAAAUUUUGCAAGCAGUUAUCCUGUAUUCUAAGUUUUUCCUCUUCUUUAUGUUUUAUGCAGGACCCUUCAGUGAAGAUCCCUGUGGUUCUCGGUGAAGCAUGA